CUUUCGUUCAGCAUCAAACCAUAGUGACCUGUUCUGCAGCGCCUUUGACUUCCCGCUGGCCGCCACUCCCGCCGUAUGUCAGUACAGUUUUCAAAGCCCAAACUGACGAACGCAUGCACAGGAGAACGCGAUGGGCUGCCGAUGACAAAGUCACGUGAACUCGCGGCGGCUGAGCAACGCGGUCCGCCCACCAACUUGGCAACACACACGUCUUCCUCUGGCUUGCAUCGCGCCUGCAGAUCUCUGUGCAACCUGCUUGCACCUUCCAACCCAUCCUCCAAUUCUGCGUCCAGCCUCCAGCCUCCGGCCUCACCCGCUCUGCUUCGUGUCAACAUUCUAUCCAAGAUUUCCGAAGCACGCACUCAUCGCACCAGCUCACAAAUAGCGACGUCCGCAGCUCUCUACCGCCUGCAGUACUCUUUGCUUGCAAGGGAGGUGGGGCCCACGACCAUAACGCCUCUUUCUGCACGACGGUUGACACUGAAGCCGAAAUCAGCCUGGCAUAGCAAAGCCAGAUUACCGCAAGAACUAGCCUCGCAUUCUUCGAUUAUGCGGACUGACACAAUUCUCGCCUUGCUGGCAGCUGUCUGAGGAUGUUUGUUCCCUGCUCUCCGCAACCUACUCCCCUCAGCAUUCACGUCGCGAACCUUUUUUCACCCAACUCCUCUUUAUCGAUACCUCAGCUCUACGAGCGGAGACUCCCAGAUGGGUUAUAGAAUGGGAUUUUUCGGAUGAUGCUGCACCCAAUCAAAUUCUGACUUGCGCCCCAGCGAAAGUCCCCCAGCGACCGCGAUUCACUCUGGUCCCCAAUGGAUGGCAUAUUGCAUCACGAUCCCUUCCUCUGGGGCGUCGACGACGUUGCCGAGGAGUUAUCUAGGCUGCGGCGUCCGUGUACGCGUGACCCGGCGGCCCUCAAGGAGGCAGUGAGGGAACAAGAAAUUGACGGCAACGCCCUCUUGACUUUUGAGUUCGUAUGCUCCAGGCACGAACUGUUUGAGUGCUUGGGCAUCAAAAUUGGUGGGCACAAGGCUGCUUUGGGUCUUGCAAUCCACAGACUGCGAUCUCAGAGCCCCGCAUUUCAAAAGUGGAAGCGGGAAUUCACCAGACGGGAGAACGAGGACCAGGACCUCGAAGACAAUGCGUCCGUUCCUAACGAGGACUCUUUAUUGGCAACUACACCAGCCGCGAUCAAAGAUGAUGGCACACCAAGUGGUAGCUCGGCUCCGUUCGGAGGUCCCGGCAGCGUGACUAAUUUGAAACGCAAAGCAGAUGCACUUGAUGAUCGCGCGCCUUUCACAGCCGCCUCACCUUCGCCUAGCAGAGCCAACAAGAACAUGACGUCUUCGACGGAACCUAAAACGACAGAACCUGACGGCAAGAAGGCACCGAAGCAAACCCGACUGGCGCCAACGCUACUUGCGAGUGUGCCAGUCAAUUUGGCGCCGCUACCCAUCGCAACGGAAGCGGACUUUGUCGGCCCGCGUGCCAAUGCAAGAGAGUCGGAAGCCAACUCAAGUGAAUACCCUUGGGAAACGUUUUCCCCCGGAGCAUACCUGGGUCAGAGCUCCAUGCCAGUGUCUGCAAUCAAGUCAUCCCAUAGGGCUGUCACCUCUCAGCUUCACUCUGUGGAUGAAAGAAACUUCACCACUGACUUCCCGAUUGUGUUACCCCCCGGCGUGAGGGUUGUUGCAGCUCAGAUGAUGAAACGGCUGUUGGUCAGAAAUGGACGAACAGAGGCCUUGUUUAAUCAAGGUCUAUUUCUGACGAGACCACAAACUCCAUCAGAGGAUGACGAAAGUGUGGUCGACUUAUUGGAUCUUCCGGAGUCGCUUGACGAGGAAACUCUCCGAGAAAUCGAAGCCGAGGAAGCUGAGGCAGAAGCUGCAAAAGUCAACAGCCGGCAUCUCGACCGAGGAGUUGUCGAGACCAUCUUGCGAGAGGCCAUGGAUGUCUUCAAGCAACGGUGGAACGAGGCGAAGCUCCCUCGAUAUGCGCGCCGCGCUCAUCAAAUCUGGAUCACGUCCAGGAUGAAAGGCACUUGGCAUGGAGACGUCAUCGGGGCUCGCCAGCGUGCCCAGGCUUUCGAGGACCGCAUCAAAAAGCUCUGCGCAGAGAUCCUAGAUCAGAGCUGGACCAAAAAGUCAGACGUUCGGCUGCAGGCCACUUGCUUGGAGCAGACUUUGGCCGAUAGGCUGUAUUGCCAGUGGCUGGCAGAUACCCUGGACUCGCGAAUUGAGCCUCAGAAGUUUGCCACCAGAGAAGCAUCUGGGCGGCAGGUGCGGCAGGUUGAUCCGCCCCAGAGCCCCUUAGGCAGCGAAGUCCUCACAAGUUCGGACGAGGACGACUUCGUUGUUCCAGAUGGCGCAGACGAAUUCAUGGAUGAAAGAAAGGUCCCCGUGAGUGACGAUGCCGUCCCCUAUGCAGAGCCACAAACGCCGGCCAAGGCCGUCACACCAACGCUGUUCGUGGAUCUAACCCAGCUCGAGACGCCGGAAAAGUCGCCGAGUCGUGCCCGAGCUGCCUCUGUGGUCGACUUGACAACGCCCGCAGAGCCAAAGUUCCAAAGGGAAUUCGCCAGCUCCCCCAUCACCAGCCAUCCUUCGCCAACAGCAUCGGAAUCAGAGUUUGAUGUGGAGGAGAUUGGCAAGCAAAACCCCAAUUUCUGGUCAAAAGAGAACGACCGCAGAAAGCUGGUCAUAUGUUUGCUCUGGAAACUGGGCCAUGGCCGACGUUCUUUGAUAUUCGAGGCAGUUCGCCGUUACAGCUGUCAUGAGUUCGUCGCUCUGAUUCUUGCUCCGGUACUGCCCCUCACCAGCAACGAUGAUAUGGAGGUGACGUCUCCGAAGCGUCUGCGCACCGACACCCCGGAAGAGACUCGCCGCUUUGACGCUGUGCGACUGUUUCUCAGCUACAUGAAUGUCAAACAUUGCAAGGAGUCGAGGGUCAGCGAGCUAUUUCGGCAUAAGCAGGACCGAGCCCUGCUGGUCAAGCAGGUUCUGAGCUCAGAGGAACGCCCUGAUCAAAAGGACUCCGAAAUUGCAACCUUUCAUGCCUUUCUUGGCCGUAUAGAACUAUUAUUUCCUCAGGAAAGCCAGAUAGUCAGGCUGGAUUACUCUGACGAUGACAUGGGCGUCCUGACCGACGGCGCAGAUGACCUAUUAGCAUCGCCAGAUACGCCAACCAGGCCCCGCAGGAAAGUGCCUAAGGAGUUGGUGCAGAACAAGGAAGGUGUUGACAUGCGCUUGCGCGAGAAACGUCGCGUUGAGGAGCAAGAGGCUCGCCGUCGAAAGUUGCGGGCUGCCCUAGGGUCGACAGAUAUGCCUUCCAACAAAACGAGGCUCAUCAUCAACGAAGCUAAGCAAGACCAUGAGGCGUUCCUUUACAUCAACGAUGAGACGGCGAAACGUAUCAAAGAUCAUCAAAUUGAAGGCGUCCGUUUCAUGUGGAACCAAAUCAUCCUCCAAGAUGAUAAUCAGCGUCAGGGCUGUCUCCUUGCCCACACCAUGGGCCUGGGUAAGACGAUGCAGGUCAUCACAUUCCUCGUUGCUGUUCAAGAAGCUGCGCGGUCCUCAGACCCUUCCGCGAGAGAGCAGGUACCAAAGGAUUUGCGUGAGUCAAAAACCCUGGUGCUGUGUCCGGCUGGCUUGGUGGACAACUGGAUAGACGAGCUACUCCAGUGGACUUCCGGGGAGGUGCUCGGUCCUAUCCGCCAUGUUGCAGCCAUGGUAGGCCCGGGAGAACGCCAUGAAAUUGUUGCUGCUUGGGCCCAGAGUGGUGGCGUUUUGGUCGUCGGCUACAGCAUGUUGCAGCGCUUAAUCGUCGCGAACGAGACGACGAAAGCAAAGUUGCUCGAGAGUCCGAACAUUGUCGUCGCCGACGAGGCCCACUACCUCAAAAAUAAGGACAUUAAAUUGCACCAAACCUGCGAACGAUUUAAGACUAAGUGUCGAAUCGCUCUCACUGGCACGCCAUUGGCGAACAAUGUCGAGGAAUACUACAGCAUGGUCAACUGGAUUGCUCCCAACUACUUGAGUACGCUCGACGAAUUUCGCCAGAGAUUCGCCAACGCCAUCCACGAUGGCCUGUGGGGAGACAGCCUUGGAUGGCAGAAACGACUGGCUCUGAAAAGGCUCCAAGAGCUGAAGGAGACGGUUGCCCCCAAAAUCCAUCGCGCCACGAUACAAUCCUUGAAAAAGGAUUUACCGCCUAAGAAAGAGUUUGUCCUCUGCAUUCCACCCACUAAAUUGCAGACGAAGCUCUAUGAUGUCUACGUGACGGAAGUUCUCAAGGGCGAGAUUUCGUCAGCCACCGUCUUUAAGAUCGUGAACGACCUCAUGUUGCUCUGCAACCAUCCACGCUGUUUAAUGCAGAAGGCCAUGAAUCAGAAGCAUGGUGGCGUGGAGGAGCAUGAUAAGAUCAGUGCAGAAGAUCACCGCAAGUCUGAGAAGGAAUCCAAGCUGCCUGCUUCCGUCGUGACAGCUACGCUCAAGGAGAUGCAUGCGCAUACAGAUAAGGAUGCCGUCGGCCUAUCGAUGAAGGCGGAACUUUUGUGCGUGAUACUUGACGAAGCGAAGCGCGUCCAAGACAAGGUACUCGUUUUCUCGCAGUCUUUGGCGACUUUGAACUACUUGAUGUACAUCCUGCGUCUACAGAAGCGGAGAGUGAGUCGCCUGGACGGAUCAACAAAUAUUGCAAAGCGCCAGGAGAUGGUCAAAGCUUUCAAUACUGGCGACCAGGAGGUAUAUCUCGUCUCAACCACAGCAGGUGGUGUCGGCCUCAACAUUCACGGAGCCAACCGUGUCGUCAUCUUCGACUACAAGUGGAACCCUGUGCAAGAGCAGCAAGCCAUUGGUCGCGCCUUCCGCAUCGGGCAGACCAAGGAGGUGUUCGUUUACCGAUUCAUGGUAGCGGGCUCCUAUGAAGAGGAUCUGCAGAACAAAGCCGUCUUCAAGACGCAGCUGGCCUCACGGGUUGUGGAUAAGAAGAACCCCGUUAGCUGGUCAAAUCGACUGGGAAGCCUAGUGCACCCGCUUCGCCGCGUGCCGCCCCGCGACCUAACGGACUUUAUCGGCAAAGACGCGAUACUGGACAAGCUGAUUAGCUACACGUCCAAUAGGGAGCGGGCACCAAUUCGAUUCAUUGUUUCAACCGAUACAUUCGAGGAAGAGGACCCGACGAACAACCUGACGGCUGAAGAGUUGCGAGAGGUCGACCAGAUGGUGAAAAUGAACCGGCUUCGUGUCACAGACCCGAAGGAAUAUGAGCGACUGCAGGAGGAGCAGAGAAGGCUGGAGAUCCACCGCGCGCUCCCGGUGCAUUACAUGCAUCGCGACGGCCCGGCUCAGCUGGUCUCUGCACCACCAACGGCGGCUUUAUCCCAGCCGGCCCAGGCUGUUCAGACCACAUAUGGUGCUCAAGAUGGCCAUGGAAAGAAUGAAGGUCGAGUGGAGGCUGGGGCGAGCAACACUACCACGACGAACACUGAAACUACGAUCCAGCCGGGAGCGCAUAGCUUGCCGCAGACAGCAGCGCUACAGCCCCUCCCUGGUACAAACACUUACUUCGGAGAUGCAUCGAGCACUGCCCAGUCCAUCGCAAGUCGACCCUCGCACGCGCCGGAAGUCCAGUCAACUCCACGGACGCCAGUAAUGACUCCAGGCAAUCUGCGUGCCAUUUUCAGUCCACCGAAACAGAGCCGAGAUCGAGCGGCAUUUGAGCAGACGCUCCGGAAGGCACUGGAAGAGUUGCAGAAAGCGCAAUUUCCGGGCGUUGGCGGUGAGCCACGGGGGGCAGUCAAGAAAGCGGCGGAGGGCAUCAACCGGUAUCUCAAGGCGGACGGCCUCGGAUUCCUCAAAGAGGACCAGCGGUGGCGGCUCCUUGACAACCUUGUCCAAAGCCACCACCGAUUCGCACUCGCAGUGGUAUCCGGAUGCUUCUCGCUGCAGUACGUUGCUUUGGCUGCGGCGGAAGAGCUGCAGCGUCGGCUGGACGGUCUGAAUGGUUUGUCGGAGGGUGAUUUGAAAGCCCAGCUGGCAGCAGAACUGGCCGCCGAUCCUCGUGUAAGACUUGCGCGUGGUCGGUACGUGGCAAGGAAAUUGCUAACACGAAGAUCAAAGAACUUGCAGAACUUGCAACGCAGCGAUUCGGUGUCUGGCGCCCAACUGCAGAGCCCACGAGCGAGAGAGGACCUCGAGGUCAUGCGCGAAGCUGCGGCUAGGAGGCAGCAGUGGCAACAGGGAGUCCAGUAUCGCCGUUCGGGCGUCUGAGGCAUGAUGGGCUGGAGAGAAGCCUGUGGGCCCCUAGAACUCGUUCUGAUGCCGGCCAUAUGUGCCCAUUCAAGGCAUAGCUCGACAAGGCCAGUGGUACGAGGGACGGCGCGGCCGAGCGGGUUUUCGGGGGGAAGUCGGGAUUGCGGAUCCCGCGCGUCGAAUUGAUAGGCGAAACCGGAUGGGCUGGUUGGAGCAAACCUUGUGUGAAUUAGCGAGCAUGGUUGGCGGCAUUUGCUCUCGUUGUGAUACCCUUUUAUUGCACGGACUUGCACAGAAGAAGCGAAACGAAG